GAUUCCUUGCACUAAUAAUUUUUUAUAGGUAAAUGGGACGGUGAAAUUAAAUACUAAAAUACCGUUCCACGGAACAGUUAUGAUUUGAAAUCGGUCGGCGCCUAUUGUCGCUGUCUUGUCAUCAGAAGCUGUCAUGAUAUAUUUUUUGACACGUUGAUUAAAUUAAUAACAUAAAAUGGGCCAAAAAUUCCAAUACGACGAAAGCGGAGGGACGUUUUUUUACUUUCUGUUGUCGUUUUUAGCAUUAAUAUUAAUACCUGCAACAAUAUACUACUGGCCCAGGAAGAAAAAGAGAGAUCCAGAAGAAGACAGUAAAAAAUGCCAGUGUCCAGGAUGUCUGAUAAAAAGAGAGAAUUUAAAAAACGCAGAACCUUGGAAAGGUCCCAAGAGCUUUUUUAUAAAGUUUUUAAUUAUAAGUGGAUGGGUGAUUUUAAUAUUCUUGGCUUACAAAGUCUCUCAGUUUGAUUACGAGAUGUCCAGCUUUGAUCCAUUUGAAAUUCUAAAUGUACCACUAGGAGCUAGUCAAUCUGAAAUCAAGAGGGCUUACAAACGGCUGUCUUUAAUUUACCAUCCAGAUAAACAUACUGGUGAUGAAAGGGAAUUUAUAAAGUUGUCUAAAGCUUACAAGGCACUCACAGAUGAAGAAGCCAGAAAGAAUUGGGAAAAGUAUGGUAAUCCAGAUGGUCCUGGAGCCACUAGUUUUGGAAUUGCAUUGCCAUCAUGGAUUGUAGAAAAAGAAAACAGUGUUUGGGUCUUGGGUUUAUAUGCAUUGGUAUUUAUGGUUGCACUGCCAAUAGUGGUUGGCACAUGGUGGUACAGGAGUAUUAAAUUUACUGGCGAUCAAGUACUGCUAGAAACAACCAACAUGUAUUAUUAUUUCUUUCACAGAACCCCUAGUAUGCCAUUGAAACGUGUCAUCAUGAUUCUGGCUGCAAGUUUAGAAUUUGAUAAAAAGAACAACUCUGAAAUUGUUGAAAGACAAUCAGAUAAUGAAGAAGUUCCUCAAUUGAUCAAAAAAUUAACAAACCUCAAUGAGAAAAAUAAAGAAAGACCUUUAUGUUAUCUGUACAGUAUUAAGGCAAGAGCUAUAAUUCAUGCGCACUUAGCUAGAAUUCCUCUGAAUCCUAGAACCUUGGAAUUAGAUAGGAGAUAUAUUAUAGGAAAAUGUCCUUACCUCAUACAGGAACAAGUCAAUUGUGUAAAUCAGCUCAUCUUGCUGGCUUAUGCUCGUAGAAUUCAAAGACUUCCUACUAUUGAUACAAUUGAAAAUUGCAUGAAACUGUGUCCAAUGAUUGUUCAGGGAAUGUCUGAGCACAAGUCCCCCCUUCUGCAGUUACCUCACAUCAACGAGGACAAUCUGAAAUAUUUUAUGUCUAAGAAGCGUCAAGUAAAAACUUUGUUGCAAUAUGCGCAAAUGAGUGGUGAGGACCGAAGGAGUUUACUAAGAAAUUUAAGUGAUGAACAGUAUGAAGAUGUCAUGAAAAUAUUAGGCCAAAUGCCCUAUGUUGAUUUCCAGGUCAGAUGUGAAGUGAAAGACGACGAAAAUCCAAAUGAGGUUACAGCUGGUGCUAUAGUGACAGUUACAGUUGAGUUGAAGCGAAUGAAUAUGUCAGAAUUCUUUGGAGACAAUACUCCAAAGUCUGUUAAUGAGGUUGAAAAUAAUGAAGAAGAGAAGGAAGGUGAAAAUGUAGAUGCUGGAGCCAAGAGACCAGUAUGGAUGAAACAGAAAAAAGGAGGCGGAAAGAAGAAGAAACCUGCGCCAAAGCCGAAAAUAACCAAAUCCAAGUCAGAAGACUCGCCAGUACCUCCUUCCCCCGCUGAGAAGAAAGAAUCUCGGCAGAAGGAGAAGAAGGAAGGAAAGGAUGAAGAGCUCGAAAGUGAUUCGGAUAGCGACAUCAGUGAUGUUGAGACGAAUGGCGCAGCUGGCGAUCAAGCAAACGGUAAAGCCAUGGAAUCAUCUGAUGAAGAUAGUAUUCCCAAAUCUAACAACGAAGACGAAGACCAGGAAUGGGAGAAACUCAGAAUGCACCAUCGUGACAAGGCCCUCGAAGGCAAAUCGAAACAGUCGCAUUCUGUGCACUGUCCUUUGUUCCCGUAUGACAAACAAGAGUAUUGGUGGACUUACAUUUGUGAUAGGAAAUCAAAGACUCUCUUGACGGCGCCUUAUCACGUCACCAAUUUGAUUGAUGAAGAGUUUGUUGAACUAAAGUUCACAGCACCAAAUUGGCCAGGUGUGUACACAUUCACAGUAUGUCUGAGGUCAGAUUCUUACAUUGGAUUUGAUCAGCAAAAGGAUAUUAAGUUAGAUGUAAAAGAAGCCCCAGCUGAAAUACAGACUCAUCCACAAUGGGAGUUUGAAGAUUCUGAGGAGGAAGACAAGAAGGAAGAUGAUGCCCAAGAAUCCGAAUAUACUACAGAUGAAGAUCUACCUGAUGAUGAGGACUGAACUAAUUACUAAUUACAAGGGUUUCCUACUGUACUUUUUCAUGACGUGUAUUUCAUGUUUGAGAUUUUUUUGUAUUUAUAUGAAGAUUUUUAUGUAUACAUAUUUAAAAUUAUACCUAUAAUAUAAGGAGAAAAUAUAGUUAAUAUAAGUUUUAAGAUUCUUGAAAGAAAAACGAAAAAUACACAUGAAUAAAGUAGGGUUUUUUAAAAUUUCAACUUAAUAUGCACUGACAGUAACAGUUUACUUUUAUAUUAAUGGAUCAAUAAGUAAUUAGAUGUUGUUUUUGUUAUAUUCUUGCAUUUGUUUUUUAGUUUUAGUCAAAUUUAUUUAAUUGAAUAUAAAUUUAAACAGGCUGCCAGUGAAUUGGUGUUAAUAUUGUACACGCAUUUAUUUCAGGAUUACCUCGGUAUUGGGAUGAAUUAUAUUUGUAUGAAAAUAAAAAAUUGAAAACGA